AUGGACGAAGAUUUUACCGUGGUGGGGGUCAAGCGGGCUCUCGCAUCCCUCAACGGCAGAUGCGCCCCUUGGCUUGAUGGGGUCCCCAACAAUAUGCUCAAGCAUUUCGAUGACGACUCAGUCGAGUUUCUUACACACAAGAUGAAUGAAAUCUGGUGCAGCGGCCCCAUUCCCAAGAGCAGGAAGGCAGCCUCCGCGGUACUCAUAACCAAGCCAGGUAAGGAGCCGAGCAUCGACAAUCUAAGGCCCACCUCCCUGACGUUGUGUGUUGGGAAGAUGGCCGAGCAAGCCAUGCUUAACCGCCUCACUGCCCAUCUCGAGUCUAACGAAUACUAUAUACACAAUAUGAUUGGCUUUCCGUCGGCGCUCUCGACUCAGGACGCCAUGACACUCAUCAAGCACCAGAUCAUUGACCACCUCUGCAGACACUAA